GCGUGCGUGAAGCUGAUGCCGCGGGAAAGAGUACAUUGUAACUCACUGUAAGUCACUGUAGUGCAUAGCUAUCUGGGAUGCUAAACACCGUGUAUGUAUGUAUGUAUAUAAUUUCUAACCAGUAACGUUCCGUGACUUUAAUACUUUUGUAAACCUGGCAGACACUGCAACGUGCUUACUUCAUAGCAGACCAAUGUUCACCUCCAAGCUGUUGACUCUGGUCUUGGUGGUGCAACCCGGUCGGGUACUCUUGGGUAUGAAGAAAAGAGGAUUUGGCAUAGGGAGAUGGAACGGUUUUGGUGGAAAGGUGCAGCCAGGGGAGACUAUUGAAGAAGCAGCCAGGCGGGAGCUGCAAGAGGAGAGUGCUCUCACAGUCGAUACACUGGAUAAGAUCGGGAACAUCAAGUUUGAGUUUGUGGGAGAAACGGAGUUGAUGGACGUUCAUAUCUUCAGGGCCGAUUCCUUCAACGGAGAGCCGACCGAGUCUGAUGAAAUGCGUCCUCAGUGGUUCGACUGGGAGUCCAUCCCCUACGACCAGAUGUGGCCAGACGACCGGAUGUGGUUUCCCCUCAUGCUGCAGAAGAAAAAGUUUUUGGGCUACUUCAAGUUCCAGGGACACGACGUGAUCCUGAAUCAACAGCUGGAGGAGGUGGACGAGAUUUGAGAAGAGGCACCCAAGAGGUCCCUUUUGCACCAUGAUGUGUUAACCUUGCCAGCUAAAAGCCCCUAUUCCAGUUAUACCCCUUUCAUUUAAAAACAAACCGAAUGUAAAACACAUAUGACUGUAAAAUUGACAUCAACUCUGAAGGUUUUUGUAUGUAUUUUGGAUUUUCUUUUCCAACAAUCAAAGUCCGUAUUCGAGAACUUGAUUGCUUUAAAUUAUUAGUAACGAUUGUUACCAUACAUCAACAUUAGAAUGUUCAGUUAAGAACAUUGUAAUAACAUCUUUGUAACCUCAUGCCUUAAAGGGUUAAAGAUCAGCUACUUGAUCUUUGAUGAAAAUUAUGCAACAUGUAGGUUCUGCCCCUUGUCAUCAACAAAGUUGUACUCAAACUGGGAACAAAGUUAAGUGAGAGAGAACUGAUUUGGGCUAUCUGCUCACUGAAGUCGCUCAUUUAGAUUCAUGAAUUCAUGUCAAAUAACUUAAAUCAAAUUUCCCUAUUCGGAGCACUUCAGUUUAACAGUCUUCAGGACUGAACUUUCAGCACAUUUUCCUGGAUCAUUUUUCAGGGCUUCCCAAUUGUGAGAAUCGGUGAUUAUGAUUGAGAAUCUUUCUUUGCCAGCUCAUGUGCCUCUCAUGACUGUACCUUGAAACGAUUACACAUAUUUCAGUCGUUCUUGAAAAUGUAACAUGCAUAUUUAAAAUGUGCACUCAGCAUACACUUCUCAGUCAUCAAUGGGAUGCGUGUCUGAGAAAGCCUUGCAGUUUCAGCCCAGCAGCUAAGUUGCAAACUUUGAGAGCUACUGCUAGAGAGAACCAGGUUCUGUAGUUGCAACAUUAGACACCUUUGCCUAGAAAACAUGAUUCUGUUGUUUAAAAAGUGUUUACUGUUUUUUAGGGUGAACUGUGAUUUAAAAUGUCUUGCAAGCAUGUUUGGGUCAUUUAACCAAGAUAUUCCUUCUAGGCUAUAGAAAUUUGACCAAAAUGAUGACCUUGGUCCUCCACUUGAGUUGUACAUUUUAUUUAUCUUUACUUGAAAAAAAAGCUUUUCACAGACAAUGUUCUUAUACUUUAAUAAUCUUGUUUACUGUACACAAAUUGGUGUCUGAAAUGUCCAGAAUGCCAGCAGGUGCCAGCAGAGAAACGGCUAAUUACAGUUAUGUUUAUGUGUAGACAUAGAAUUGAAACUGUGCUAAUUGCUAUAUCCAUUUGAAGAGUUUCUCUGGGUUCUAGAACUCUGAUUGCUUUCAUUUCUGUCAGUUACCAUGCAGAAUUGUUAUAUCAGCAUCACACAUUACAUCACACGUUUUUCAUCUUACACCUUACAGGGUUAAAGCUCCGUCCGCACCAAGAACUAUAGCUAUAGCGAUAAUGAUGUGAGCAUCCGCACCGAUGAACGAUAACGUUCUGUAAAUCGUCUCUCGGCUAUGUCAUCUGCCAUUUUGAACGUGACGCCCUGUAACUUCGGAUGGAUUUUGAUUAGCUGUAAGCUUUUUGUCGUUCAUUAAGCUAGAAAAAAACGCUCUGAAAGCGAUCCCAAGGAUAUCGUUCGUUAUAUUUGCGGUGUAGACUUCACUUCAGUUACUUGAGCUAUCGUCUCGGGUUGGAACGACCAAACUAGUGAAGUCAUUACCAACCUUUUCCCAUGAUGGCUGCACCCUAGUGCUAAUAGCUGCUAAAAAAUAUAUAAACAUCAGUUUAUAUUUCUUGCAAAUACAGGUCAAUUUCAGAUUUGAAUGCAGGGCCAUAUCUUAUUACUGAGUGGAGAUUUGAGUGUCUCCUUUGGUCAGAAAUGCUGUCUAGACUAAUUCUGAAAAAUUCAGGCCUUCGCUUAUAAUGGCUUUUGAAUUCUCUAAGGGAUUCUCAGUACAUGUAGAUAUAAGAUUGUUCUGGCAGAGGCACUUUUAUCGCUUUUAAGUAAGGUUUUUAUAAUGGAAUAUAAAUGAAGGUAAUUUGCAGCACUUCGUACUGGACAUGGGCAUAAUGGUCGACAUUGCUUUUUUGAGUAUCAGAUAUACUGCUGAACAGAUUUUCGGAAAUGGUAAUGUUGUUAUACUGAAUAAAACAUCUCACCUACUAGAUUUACGGUUAAUGAUAUUGAGCUGGAUCCGCUAGCGUUUUCUUGUUGUUCAUUUUUCCACCGCAUCAAUUUGGUUCAAAAUUGCACUGAACCCAGACAAAAAAUAAAUACUGUGUGCUCAUCUGAAACCCAGAA